UUUUAUCUCGAGUUCUGACCGGUUUAUAAUCUCUGACCUCCGAAUUGAGCGGCACAUGAGAUAAAGUCGCUCAUCCAGACAGACAGAGAUGCUUGCCGGACUUCUUCUUCUGAUAUCCCUGCCUCCCCUGGUAGCUAAGGAUCCUUGUAAAGACAGUCAAGAUGGAUUUAAAGUCAGGCUCAGCAUUAAAACGGCCCUCGGAGACAACGCCUACGAGUGGAACGAGAGCGAGAUGUUUCUCUUCAGAUCUACUCUGGCGUACGCGAUGAGGAAACAAAGUAACCAAAACACGUACGACAUUACAAACAUACUGGUGUGCAACGAUACGCAAAGAGUGUCAUUUGUGUUCGUGGUGACGUCACCAGGUAAUCCAGACCAGCUGAUCCCCAAAGAACAAGUAGAAAGAGCAGUGAGGCAGAACAAGCAUCGCAUAAACAGUGCCUUCCUGCUAUCGGAUAUGACCCUGGAGUUCAUGGGAAUCCCACCGACGCUGGCGGCCCCGAUCACAUACGACACUGAACCCUGGCUCAUCGUGUUUGGGGUGGUCAUUGGCGCUGUGGCCGUGGGGAUCGUGGCUUUACUGAUGUCCACAGUCAGCAAAAAACGACGAGCCAAAGAAAAAGCUGCCGGUCUUUCAGAAGAGGAUGAAGAAAUAGUCAAAGAGAACGGAACCGCACUUUCGAGCCUCGGCAGAAAAGAAGGCACCUACAAUCAAGCGUUCUCAAAUGACGAGCGCUUCACCAAGCUCUAGGCACCGAGUAAAGCCUCUCGGUAUCACUUAACCUAUAAAAUGCUUCUCAUGUACCAAAGAUUUUAAAGUCUCCUCCAGACUGUCCUGGAAUGCACAGAAAUAAGAUUUUAAUAAGUAUUUAUAUAUUACGCUGUUGAGUUUUGCGGCUGUUAGUUUGAAAGCUAUUACCGUGUCUUAAUCAAAUGUGAUGCAAUGCAGUGACACACGUUUUUGCCUUAAUCAGCCGUGACACAGAUUCGGUGCUAGGCAUAGAAAUAAAUUGUUUUGGGAAAUUCUCCAGCUGGAGCUACAUAUACGAUAAUCUCAAGUAAUGAUAAUAUGCUUUAUUAUUAUUAUUAUUAUAAUAAUAAUAAUAAUAAUGUUAAAAGUGACUUGGAAUAUACUGAAAAUGACAGCAGAGAAUUAAAUAGUGUUUUUUUUUAAAUCAUGUUAAAAUGGGUUAAUAUUAAUGGAACAUUAACAAAAAAAAAUUCAUGCAAUCCUGAGAGAAAAAAAUUACGAUGCAUACAUUUUGAAUACCGAGAAAGUCAAAAUUGUAAAUGCAUUUAUAAAUUUGAUAAAAUCAAAUCUUAGAAACUGCAGUUGUGGGAAAAAGUCUGAAUAGUAAGAUACAGUAUAAACGUUAAAUUGUUGGGAAAAGAUAUAAAUGCACAACUGCGAGGAAAAAACAGAAGUCAGGCUAUUAACAUUAGUUGCAAUAACCUUUUUUAUUAUGCGCUUAACCGUUUUGUUCUCAGAGAGAGAGACCCGACCACACGCUCUUCUGAUUUUUGACGCAUUUCAUAACAUGUCUACAGACCGAAAAACUCUUGUUGCUGGAAUAUUAUCGCGACGCAUCAGGUUGGAGCACAGUCUAACAUCGACAUAGUAGUGUACUAGUAAAAAGCAACUCUUCUGUAGUUCAUUUUCAGCUUUAUGACAAACAACCCUCGAUAUGCCCCGCCCCCCAUCUACCUGUCUAAACAGGAAAAUAUGUCAACUCAGAAAAGAAAACCGCUUGUCAAACAUUUCGUGAGCUUUUUAAUUCGGCUGACAACGCUACGGGGUAAUCCGCAGCACAUGCUGACGUCUGAAUUAUGUUCUCAGGUGCCUGUUUAUUCAGCAACAAAGCGUAAUGAAUUAUUAGAGGGAAUCAAUAAUUUACGAAAAGAUGAGGCGCUCCUGCACAGUAACAGAUUAGGCAAUUUUCUGGUGUCAAAAACUAGCAUUUUUUUUACCCGUUACGAGACGCGGGUUUCUGCAUCCAUCACACUUCAGCUGCUUUAAUUGAUUGGAUCCUCCGCCGAGUGGGGGAGAAGAUUGAAGAACAUUAAGAGAAGAUCUCCCCGAAGAAUAUGAGCUGUUGAACUUCUGAGAACGUUCCUAUCCUGAGAUUUACGGCGCAGCCUCGCACUAAUUGGAUCCUCCAUCUUCAGAAGCAAACGGAGGGCUACAGUCACACAGAAAUAACAGACCAAUAUCACAAGAAAGCUCAUUAUUGUAUCGAUGGCCUGUAGGAAUACAGAGACCGGCAUAAUGGAUCAUCACUCCACAGCUGCUGCUGUGCUUCGUAAGGUCUUCAGGAGCUAGUUAACGAUCUCCUCUCAAUGAGGUUCAAGGUUCAAAGUCCUGGAUUUGUUAAAGCUAAACUCGCAAUCGAACUUGUCAUUUCUACCGCGCACGCAUUCUUUUUACACGUAGACGUGCGUAAAAUAUCAUUGCACUGACAACAAAACACGUGUACCACGCAUAUAUAACUUUAGCAAAAUGCUUAAACGUAUAGGGUUCACACAACAUUGAACUUUUGGAAUUCGGAAAUUGAUUUUAUUGCAAUCAUUUCAUUAUAGUAAGUUUAUUUAAUGUCUCUUUUUGCAUUUGAAGUGAUUUCUGUUCUCGUUUUCCUUCCUUUUUAAAGGUCAGACCGGUCAUAAUUGUUGCAUUAGUCAUAAAAUCAGUGUGUUUCACUUACAUGUCAUUCUUGUGAAGCUUUAUAAAGCAAAUAACUUACAAUAAAAAUAACAAAUUAUUCUAUAAAUCUAUAGUAAGCUGAAUAUCACAUUUUGUGAUUUAUUUUAUGUUUAGGUUAAACCGGUCGCAGUAAUGCGUGAGCUCUGAUGAUAUAAUAAAAAUAACAAUUUCAUUUUAACACUA